CACAAAAUGGAGUCGACACUUUGCUCGGCAACUUUCGUGUAUCUUCUUUCUUCGCAUUCAUAUCAGCCACCAUGAGCUCUGGAGAAGCGACCAGCGAGGUGCCAGCCCCUGCAUUUGCAGAUGGCGCACUCAAAGAGCUACCGUUCCCACCAGUGACCAAAAAUCACAUUCUAAACUGCUCAUAUCAUAGUUGGCAUCCAAAAUAUCGUGCCGCAACUCCCAAAGCGCGCCUCGUUUCCCUGCCGCCUGCCUUCCUUGACUAUCUGCGCUCAGAUGGCAUUAUUUUGCCCCCAGAAGAGACGGACAACGCCACAUGGUCCGAUAACGAUAGUGGUAUCUUCUCUGGCGCUGAUAACAACGAAGACGAGGACGAGGAGACGCUCGACCCCAGUGCCAACUGGCGCGAGACUCACGAAGCCAUCGAGCGCACAAUCGAAGAACUCGGCGGCAAAGUUGCGCCGAAGCUGAACUGGAGCGCGCCAAAAGACGCAACCUGGAUCGCUGCGACAAAUAGCAUGGAGUGUCAGACACCCAACGACAUCUACCUUCUAUUGAAGAGCAGUGAUUUUAUCACGCACGACAUAGCACAUGCGUUCGAUGACACGGUCGAUCAGUUCACCACGCCAGAUCCCGAGAUACCAUAUCACUUGGUCCUACGAAAGUGGAUCACCCUCAAUCCCAGCGUUGAGUUCCGUUGCUUCGUGCGCAAUCGGCAGCUCAUCGCACUAUGUCAGCGAGAUCUGAACCACUUCGACUUCCUGUUCAAUAUGCAGGAUAAGUUACGACGAACUAUCCAAGACUUCUUCGACCUUCGGCUACGCGAUACUUUUCCAGACCCUAAUUUCGCCUUCGACGUGUAUGUCCCGCCGCCGCACGACAAAGUCUGGCUCGUAGAUGUCAAUCCUUGGGCAAUGCGGACAGAUCCAUUGCUAUUCUCGUGGAUGGAACUGCUCACCAUGGAGGUUCCCGACACAGUGGAGCCCAAGGACGAGACAGCGGAAACAACCAUUCGACUUCGAUUAGCCCGUCCAGGAGAGACGGAUGAUCAAACGAACGACUCAGACGAGGACACAUCAGACGAGGACGAGACCGACGACGAAGAUGUUGAAGAAGUCUGGCAACCCGAGUUCCGGUUGAUAAGGAGCGAUGACCCGGAGGCCUAUGGUUUCACAACUCCACAGUACAGUGCGCAUAAGCUUCCAAAAGAUGUGGUAGAUGCGAGCAGUGGCGGAGAAGGCAAUUUGAGGGAGUUUGCAAUGCAGUGGCAGGAGGCUCAGAAAUUGGCGGAACAACAGAGACAGGAGGAUAGUGAAGACGACUAGAAAACGAACAUCCACAUAGUAUUAUUUUGACACGUGGCUCCUAUAUCAG